CUAGAUUUGAGCAAGUACGCAAUGCGCUCGUAAUUAUUUACACAGAGCGGCCGUAGUGGGUGCGGACAAGCCGCUGGACGCGUAAGUCGGCCGGAGUAGGCACUAACCCGUCGGCGGGCAGUCUGCGUGCACGGAAGCUAAGCCGGCGCUAAUGUCUCCGAGCCUCGUGGCUGAGCAACCUCGCACUUAACGCCUCGCUUUCGGCCGCUAUUUGACGGCUUCUUCUGCCGCUGUCGGAAAUCAAAACGUCGUGACGCAUUACGUUUGCCAAAUUUAGAGAUCAGCCAUGGUAACAGAUAAUACCUGCCGCAGUUGUUCUCGUCAAAGCACCUGGUCCCUGACUGUGCGCCAUUCGUUUAGAGACCGCGAGCUCUUGCAUAAUUAAGCAGUCAGUCAGUAAACGUACUCAAGCACAUAUUCAGCUAUACUACUUGCUGGUUGCCCAUCUACUCUCACGUAUAGACCGUAUCAAGAGCAACAAAUGUAGGGAGGUGGCCAUCACGGUAUAUACGAGUAUACGGGUGCCGUAGCCCUCGCAACCGUCCAGUGAGGCUUAGCGCCUAUCUUGCGUACGAUUCACACGGAUGUGGCAUAUCUUUUGCAGCCCUGUAACCAUUGUUGUCAAAACGCGGCUCGCUGUUUUGCACUCGGACUGAGGCGGACGGAUGCAAAGCCGGCUCCGUUCCCCCCUCCGCUGAGCCACUUACACGUCUAUGCAGUGGAGCCCGCUGUGGGAAAAAGUUGGUUAAGGCUGACGAAUUCCUCCGUCAGUUCAGAAUAAAUAUUUCGAUAUUUCGCUCAUUAUUUCUUGAUCAAAUACUUCUAUAGCAGAGCAUCUCAAUUUUACAACUACCGGUACAAUACUCCUAUCCCUUCUUCUCUCUCAUCAAUACAGCACACUACCAUCGCCAUGGCUGAUCGCUUGCCUCACGGCCUGAUCUCUUUUGGCCCCGACGCCAACUGCACACUCGACAUAUGCCCAAUCGAAGCUACCGUCUAUGGCUAUCGUCCGUCUCUUGCAGCAAACAUAGCCUUUCCCAUUAUUUUCGCCCUUAUUGGUAUCGUCCAUGCUUUCUUUGGCUGGCGAUGGAGAAGCUGGGGCUUUAUGACUGGCAUGCUUCUGGGCUGCCUGAGCGAAAUCAUCGGAUACGUCGGGCGCGUCUUGCUUCACAAUAACCCAUUUUCUUUUGUUGCAUUUAUGGUUCAAAUUGUUUGCAUCACCAUCGCUCCCGUCUUCUUUACAGCCUCAAUCUACGUCACUCUCUCCAAGACCAUUAUGCACUUCGGACCCGAACUAUCUCGAUUUAAACCCCAGCUUUUCUACUGGAUCUUUAUUCCUUUUGACAUCGUCUGUCUUAUUCUGCAGGCUGCAGGUGGAGCUAUGACCACCGAAGCCACCGACCCCAACGGCACUGGAGUAGACAUCUCCAUGGCAGGCUUGGCACUGCAGGUCAUUGUCCUCACUGCCUUUAUGGUUACAUUUGUUGACUACAUGAUUCGCCUGGUCCGCCAUAACGAUGCCCUCAUUUUCACCACCCGUGUCAAGACAUUCUUGGGCGGUCUUACUGCGGCGUCCCUGUUAAUCUUGGCCCGUUGCGCCUACAGAGUAGCCGAACUCAAGGAUGGCUACAGCGGCUCACUUGUCAAAGAGGAAGGUCCUUUUAUUGGCCUGGAGGGCGUUGUAAUUGUUUUGGCAGCAAUUGCACUCUGCUUUGGUCAUCCGGGUCUAGUUCUCAAGCAAGAACGACGCGGAUUGUGCAAACAAAAAGAUGUUGCCGAUAGUGGAGAGAGCACAAUUGGCACUCUAGAGAAGUAGUGCGAAACCCACCACUCAACUGUUAUACAUUCCCUAGUUUUGUUUUUCUUAGAUUUAUGCAUAGCGAUCAUCUUUUUAUAGAAUACAUCUCCUUUUCUUCUCUUUCAUUGACACUUGCUCUGCCUUAAAGAGA